AUGACCGAAGGGGAAGAGAUUAUUACUCCGAUGAGAGAAGGCGAAGAUUACGGAGUCACGAUCGACGUCGGAGAAGGCUCUCUCCCAUCCCAAGCCGACGCAUUUAACUCCACCAAAGAGAGCCCAUCGCCACCAGCCUUCGGAAAGCAGAAACCAAACUUCCGUCCAUCUGGCCUUCUAGCCGCAGCCUCAAACACGGUCUCAACAUCAACUGGCGCCGUGGUGCUUAAAUACCAUGAGCCGCCCGAAGCUCGAAAGCCUCCUUCCUCUCAACCUUGGAGGCUGUACAUCUUCAAAGGCGAAUCCAUCGUCGACACGCUGGAUUUGUAUUCCCAAUCUUGUUGGCUCUUUGGCAGAGAAGCGUCUGUUUGCGAUUACGUUCUUGAACAUCCCAGCUGCUCCAAACAACAUGCCGUCAUUCAAUUUCGGUAUGUCGAGAGAAGGAAUGAGUUCGGAGACAAGAUCGGAAAAGUGAAGCCGUACCUAAUUGAUCUGGAGAGCGCCAAUGGCACAACUGUCAACGAUGAAGCUGUGCCUGAGGGAAGAUUUGUCGAGCUGCGGGACAAAGAUAUAAUCAAGUUCGGUCAUUCCACCAGAGAAUAUGUCAUGCAGAUGCCUCCUGGGUGA